CGUUGCUGCCACCAACUGAGAUGGACAAAUGACGGCAACUGGCCAACACAUUCACAUUCCUUCGUAUGCGUGCGCUGCCCGGCCAUCAACUGCAUGGACAAUAAUGCGCUGGCGGCUAAUCAGGCGUCAAACCCUCGACAGCAGCUUGCUGAGCAGGUGACCAAGUCAAUUGCGAGUGGCGAUGGCGCAAAUAAUUCUCUGCUCGGCCAGCUCACGGGCAACCCAUUCUUUACUGCGGGUUUCGGACUCGCUGCUCUCGCCGCCGCCGCAAGAGUUGGCCAGCAAGGUCUCCGUCAGGGCGCCGCACUGUUAAAGCGACGACUGCUCGUCGACGUAGAAAUAACCCGCAAUGAUGAAGCCUUUCCCUGGCUCCUGCGAUGGAUGUCCGCACAUCAGAGGGCGCAGAUGAUAGGCGAGCCUGCUCCUGGUGUGAAAGAGAAGCAAGGCAUCUUCGGCGCCCUCAUCAAACGCCUCACGCCGGGCCUCCACCACCUUCAAAUCCAGACCACGAAGGUGACUCGUCCCGAUGGCUCCGCACACACCAACUUCGCGCUGGUUCCCGGACCAGGCCGGCACAUCCUCCGCUACCGCAACGCCUUCAUUGCAGUGAACCGACAGCGCGAAAAGACGUUUGACCUAGCAGCCGGCGUGCCAUUCGAGACGGUCACGUUGACAACACUGUACGCGCACCGGCACAUCUUUGAGGACCUCUUCACCGAGGCGCAUGAUCUAGCCAAACGCAUGCAAGAAGGAAAGACAACAAUCUAUACAGCGUGGGGAACGGAGUGGCGGCCGUUUGGAGACCCCAAACGCAAGAGACCCUUGGACUCUGUCGUGCUGGAGGAAGGAGUGAAGGAACGCAUAGUGGAGGAUAUACAGAAUUUCUUGUCGGCGAGGACAUGGUAUCUCGACCGUGGCAUUCCGUAUCGAAGGGGCUACCUGCUAUACGGCCCACCUGGCACAGGGAAAAGCUCCUUUAUACAAGCUCUCGCGGGAGCUUUAGACUUCAACAUAGCCAUUUUGAAUGUUUCUGAGAGAGGGCUCACGGAUGAUCGACUGAAUCAUCUGCUCACGAAAGUGCCACAGCGUACGAUCGUUUUGCUCGAGGACGCAGACGCGGCGUUUGUGAAUCGACGGAGCAUCGACACCGACGGGUAUUCUGGGCCCACGGUCACAUUCUCCGGAUUGCUCAACGCUCUUGACGGCGUCGCCAGCGCGGAAGAGCGAGUCAUCUUUCUGACGACGAAUCAUAUUGAGCGACUUGACGAGGCUCUCGUGCGCCCCGGCAGAAUCGACAUGACCGUGCGUCUAGGUUACGCUACUUUGCACCAGAUUGAGAAGCUUUGGGAUCGAUUCUACGCCGAAGUCGACACAACUGGCGCUGGAAGGAAGGCUUUCAUAGAGCGAGCACAGGAGCUGGGACUAGUUGGCAAUGUGAGCACAGCCGCAUUGCAAGGGCUGUUCUUGUAUAAUAAAGGGGAUCCUGGUGGUGCUGUAGCCAUGGCCGAUGAGCUCGCUGGACAGAGUGCUUUGCUUCAGAGAUGAAAAAGGACGACAUUGUCCGAACCCAGACUUUGGUUUUACCUAUCCAUUUAAGGUUCAAAUUUGAGCUUACAGCUACCACAUCUCCCCUGCAUUUGAUGGAGUACUGCUAGGAGUUUGGAUGCCCCACAGCAAAUCAGCAAGGCUGAGAGGGUAAGCUUUUUUGUGCGUUGCAUUCGACAGCAGAUGUCUUGGAUAUGAAAGGCCAAAAUCGCUCCGCUGGCAUAAUAUAUGGCGAAUGUCGAUGGACUUGCUUCUCUUCUCUAAUAAUUGCACACCUCAUCUAUCAUCAAUUGCUCACAUUUGAAUCUCUACGAGUCUCUACUUUACU